AUGACGGGCGCAGCGCGAGCUGACCAGUGGCUUGCCGCUGCCGUGGCCUCAAAGAAGUUUGACAGGCCGGAUGCGGUUGUUGCGAAGAACCAAGUGGUUUCAGAAGAAAUCCACCGCCAAGUGGACAUGGAUAUGGCCAGGACAUACUCUAAGAUGUUGUUUGGCCACCAGGCUCCGGAGAAGGAAGUGGCACACAGGCGACAGCAGGUGACUGAUUUGAUGAUCAAAUGGCUUGAGGGUGAGGAGACCCUGACAUACAUGCAGGGGAUGAAUCAUGUGAUGGCCACAUGUUUCCGAGAAAUCGGCGAAGAGAAUGCAGCAAUGAAGGUUUUUGACCAUGUGAUCCGCCAGGCCGACGAAAACCUUUUCCACUCGGAUGGCGACAAAUUGGUUGCUGCCAUUCAGGGCUUGGCGGACAAGUUGCGUGAGAUGAUUGGAAAAGAAAGUCCCAAAGUGGCCGAAAGGCUAGCAGAAGGGGACAUUAACUACUUGCCCAUGCUUGUACAGAACUGGCUUAUUGACAUUUUCCUGCACGUGCUGCCCACAGAAGCAGCCGCGCGUCUUUGGGACCAUGUUUUGGCGUCCGAAGGAGUGCCAUUAAAAUUCGCAAUGCAAUUGCUCCUAUCUGGCAAACAAGCCACUUGGCCUUCUCUCGGAGUCUUCUCAAUGUGUUUAGUGGGGUCUUGA